AUGUCGCAACGUCGUCGCAGGCUGUCGUCACCACCUCGUUCUGUUGACGGCAGCAUCACACCCCUCGGCUACGUCCUCGAGUGGACGCCUCACUCGCACCAUCGGCACCGCCUCGACAUCGUCGCCAACCUGCGCUCCGAGCUCCUCGGCGGCGAGCCUCCCGGCGUCGAGCAGCUCAUUGUUCUCCGCGGCGACCUAGCUCCCGACGUGAGCGAUGCGCUGCGCAGCCUAGCCGGCAUAGACGGGGGCUUUCUGGAUGCACAUGUCCAAGGAAAGCCGUUUAGGCCGCGCGGCAGGGCCAAGGGCGCGCGCUGGUGGACGUGGCGCUACCCAGAGGCAUCGUCCUUGUCGUCGUCGCAGCAGCAGCAGCAGCAGGUGAGGAGCGCGGCGCUGUGGCUGUCGUCCCCGAUUCCGGUCCUCAUCGUCGAUACGCCGCUAGGAGUAAAAGGAGGAGGGAAUGGAGGAGUUGGGGAGAGGUGGUGCGACAAGCCCGCGCCGAGGCUGCAGCAUCAAGAUGCGGCGACGAGACGCUCGGGGUUGCAGGGCGGCGGGCGAUAUGGUGGCGUGAUGGCGAGAUAUCACGCCUCGCCGCCGCCGUCGCCGCAGGCAGAAAAGUGUAAGCCUGCCGCUGCCGCUGCUGUGCCGGCGAUCAUGGCGCUGGACGACGAGCUGGCCAGCGCCAUGGACCAUGUCGAGGAUGUCGUCCUGGAGGAGAUGCUCGCCGAGCUCGUCUACGAGCGCUGGACGGCGUCCCUGAGCACACUCCAGCUCGGCGGUGGCGGCGACGCGGCGCGGCUGCUCUGGAGAUACAUGGUGGCGCUGGAGCGCAACCUCGACGACUCGAGGUACUGCGCCCGCCAGGGGCGCUUCGUCGAGCACGCGAGCCCCGCGGCGUGGACGGACCUAUCCCAGCGCGCGCAGCUGCGCAUCCAGCUCACCUCCUCCUCCCGACACCAGCAGCAGCAGCAGCGGCAGCAGCAGCUUCGCCAUCGCGACGAUACUUCUCAGGAAAUUAAUGGCAGCACGGCCAACGAGCGCAGCCUCGACCGCAUCGCGUACCUCGGCGGCAUGCUGCUCCCCGUGAGCGUCGUCGCGAGCAUCCUCGCCAUCGAGGGCCGGUACGGGCCCGAGGGCGCGCAGUUCUGGGUCUUUUGGGCCGCGAGCGUCGCGGCCUCGGCGGCGGCGCUCCUCGUCAUCUACCUCGACCGGCUCCGCCUUGCCGAGGUCUGGGUCGAGAUGCCGGGCGGCGGCCGGGCGGAGGAGGCCGUGGGAGCUGCCGGCCUGGGUGUCGUGGAUGGAGGCACCAAGGUCAUCGCGGCGGCGGCGCGCGCGUGGCACAGGGAGCAGCUGGGCUGGGCGCGCGCGCUGAAGCAGGCGACGGGGUAUUACAGACUGCGCGGCGCUCGCUGGAUUCGCUUCCAGAGCCCGGCGAAGAGGGAGGAGGAUCGCAGGGACAAUGUCAUUAUUCUUGAGGAGUAA